AUGUGGACGCCGUUACGCACUGGAGUGGUGCGCAUUUGGAGAGGUGGAGAGCAGUCGUCAGCUGCAGAUUCACCCGCUGAGUCAAAGUCUGACUCUUAUUCGGACUUUUUCGGAACUUUUUCCCGCCUGUCAUGUUUUUUAAUCAACAGUUUAACCGUUAUUUUUUGUCAUCUACGUAGUUCGUGUUUGUUAGAUUAAUCCCCCAAUUUGAAUCUGACACCGCAAUCUGCCGAUAUUAGCACCUCCUCCAGCUCCAGUCCUGCAGUGGUGGAACGAAACUCUCGAUCAGCAUGACACGUUUUUCAGGAUUUGUAAGUUGAUAACGCUCUCCGAUUAAGGCUCCAAAUGCUCCAUUUCGUGACUGAGAUGUUCUCCUGAGUUAAAGUUCACAUCUUGACGAAGGUUUUCCUGAGAAUUACUCACCUGACAACACACAAUGGCUUCCAAUAUAAUUGUGGAACAGCAGUUUUCUCACAAAUUCACAGUGACGGUGGUUCGAGCUGAGAGCGUCACCAAGGGAGCGCUGGGUGACCUGUUGGACACCCCAGAUCCAUAUGUGGAGCUGUUCAUCCCAACGGCCCCAGAGAGCAGAAAAAGGACCAAGCACAUAGACAACAACAUCAACCCAAGAUGGAACGAGACCUUUCACUUCAUAUUAGACCCCAACCAGCAGAAUGUCCUGGAGUUAACAUUAAUGGAUGCCAAUUAUGUGAUGGAUGAGACACUUGGGACUGCAUCCUAUGACAUCACCAAGCUCACUGUAGGCCAGACAAAGAUGGAGAGUUUCCUCAUUGGCAAAGCAACCAAAGUAUACUUAGAGAUGUCGCUGGAGAUCUGUACCAAGCUGGACCUGCGGUUCAGCCUGGCCCUCUGUGACAAAGAGAAGCAGUUCAGACAGACCCGCAGAGAAAGAGUGAUGCUGGGCAUCAAGAAGCUGCUAGACAUGGAGAAGCCUCGUUUCCUCCCCAGCUCUCCGGAGGAGGUGCCGGUGAUUGCCAUAGCGGGCUCAGGAGGCGGUUUUCGUGCCAUGGUUGGCUUCUCAGGUGUGAUGAAAGCCCUGUUUGAGUCUGGGGUCCUUGAUUGUGCCACAUAUGUCGCCGGCCUCUCCGGAUCCACAUGGUACAUGUCAUCCCUCUACUCCCACCCAGACUUUCCAAAUAAGGGCCCAAAGGACAUCAACAAGGAGCUGAUGAAGAGAGUUAGCAGUAACCCACUGAGGCUGUUGCUUCCCCAACACAUCACCAACUACAUCCAGGCCCUCUGGACCAAAAAGGCCACAGGGCAACCUGUUACCUUUACCGAUAUCUUCGGUAUGCUCAUAGGAGAGACGCUUAUACCUGCGAGGAUGGACAUCAAGCUAAGUAGCGUCCAGGAGAAAAUAAACCAGGCACAGAGUCCUCUUCCUCUCUUCACAUGCCUGCAUGUCAAGCCAGAUGUUUCUGAGCUCAUGUUUGCUGACUGGGUGGAGUUCAGCCCGUAUGAAAUUGGCAUGGCAAAGUAUGGCACCUUCAUGACCCCCGACUUGUUUGGAAGCAAGUUCUUCAUGGGAACAGUUGUCAAGAAAUACGAGGAAAACCCUAUUCAUUUUCUGAUGGGUGUGUGGGGCAGCGCCUUCUCCAUUCUGUUCAACAGAGUGCUGGGAGUCAAAGACACAGUUGGUGGCAGCACCAUGGAGGAGGAGUUAGAGCAGAUCAAACCACGACACAUUGUCGGAGAAGACAGUCUGGACAAUGACGACGAGCCACGUAAAGGUGGGACCGAGAACCAGGAGGCAGAAGACGAGUACCAUCGCACUGCUCAGGCUAGCUGGGUUCAACGAAUGUUCACGUCGCUCUUCAGUGAGUCUGCCUUAUUCAACACAAGAGAGGGCCGGGCCGGGAAGGUGCAUAAUUUCAUGCUGGGCCUGAACCUGAACACCAACGCACCGUUCUCUCCAGUCAAUGAGGUCACGUGCAACACCCCUCCACCUGAGGAGGAGGUGGACGCUGUCACAGACCCAGAUGAGUUUGAUCGCAUUUACGAGCCUCUGGAUGUGAAGAGUAAGAAGAUCCAUAUAGUGGACAGCGGCCUGACCUACAACCUCCCCUACCCUCUCAUCCUGCGGCCGCAGCGUGGCGUCGACCUCAUCAUCUCCUUCGACUUUUCCGCACGACCCAGCGACUCCAGCCCCCCAUUCAAGGAGCUCCUGUUGGCAGAAAAGUGGGCUCGAAUGAACAAGCUUCCAUUCCCCAAGAUCGACCCCAAAGUCUUCGACCGUGAAGGCCUGAAAGAAUGCUACAUUUUCAAACCAAAAAAAGGGGAAAAGAACUGCCCGACUGUCAUCCACUUUGUCCUGGUCAACAUCAACUUCAGGACAUUCAAGGCACCUGGUGUUCCCAGAGAGACGGAGAAGGAGAAGGAGUUGGCUGAUUUUGACAUCUUUGACGACCCGGAGUCACCAUUCUCCACUUUUAACUUCCAGUACUCCAAUGAGGCCUUCACCAGACUGCAUGACCUGAUGGAGUUCAACACUCUCAACAACCUGGAGGUGAUUAAAGAAGCCAUCAAGGACUGCAUCGUGUCCCGGAAGGAGAAUCCCUCGUGCCGCUCCCUUCCCUUCUCCCUCAGUGAGAUCCCGAAAAAGAAGUUUCUCAAAAGAGAUCCUCUGGGAAAUCCCUGGAAUCACCUGGGAAAUGAUAACCAGUAGCCUGAUCUGAGACUUUGGAUAAAGCAGACUUUAGGAUUUAGGGAAGUACAGCAUUUUCUUUUUGGAAAAUGCUAUCGUGUUGAUCUCUUUUCUGUAUACUUUUAAUCAUACUUUUGAUUUUGUAAAGAACCUUAACAUUUACUGGUAAAAGCCUUAUGAUUGCAUUCAUAUACAACACAUUGAGAAUUUUCAUCCGACUUUAUUUGCACAAAUGUGGUGCUGGGAAUACUGUUGGUCUUUAUUGACCACAAACAACUGAUGUCCGCUUUUCCCUGCCAGCUGUGAGAAAGAUUGGAUGAUGAAAAUCAACACUUACCUAACACUGCGGUGUGACUGGAUUGUUACAGCUAAUAUCUGGCUCCAUCACAAACAACAGGAGAUUUGUUUGUGAGUCAUUUCUUUUGUUUUUGAUAUUUACUGAGAAUCCCAAACUAUAUCUCUUAGUUCAAAAGAAAUGUCCACUUCAAAUCCCUGUGCUCAUUCACUUUACUUCCAUGCAUUAUGUGAAUUUUCUACUCCAGUUGCAACAUUCCCAAUGCACGUGGACACCUCUUGGCUCCAGUUCAUGCUGCCUAGAGCAAAGCUGCAUUUGCAUAUUUCCUAUGACUUUUUCUGCAGCCAUGCUGUGUCUACAUUUUGCAUUGAGCUGUGUGAAUGCACUGUAAGAAGCCUCACCUCUACUGUUUGUCAGCUGAACUCUUUCCAUAUUGAACGUGCGACUACAGAGCAUGCAAAUUGCCAUGUUUUACCGGAUGGCUCGUCUAAACAUGUAAUCCUGUUUUAAAACAUGGAAAAGGAGCUCGUAACCAUUGGUUUUGUUUGAUGACAACUCCUAGUGCACCUCCUCUGGAUACCUCAAACAUCUCAAUGAUGCUUACCCACCAACAGGGAAGGAGCACUCCCUGCUCCCCUGUAGGGAGUGUCUCAUAUUAAAGCCACCAUUUUGCAAAAACAAAACUUGAUACCAUAGAAACAGCUCCACUUCUUCUCUCCCUCUCUCUUUCUCUCUCUCUUUUCAUCGGGAUAAAGGUGUGUUUAUUUUCCUGACCAUGUUGUUUCAGGCUGCCUUUUUGAUACAAAUCCAACUAGCUGCAGGACUCCUCGAAUGCCCUCGUAUGAUGAAAUGGAGCUUAGGUCAGAGCGAGGGAAGGCUGGGUGGAGUGAUGAGUGCGAUCACAAGACCUGCUUGCACCUGGAAAUGGUGGCUCUCUGUGCCACUAAGUGGAAUUUUACACACUACACCUACACCUGCAGCAGUGGAAGCCUGGAAUCUGACAAACUACACCUAUACCUGCAGGGGCACAAAGGCUGCACACAGAGCAGUGGAAUUUUACACUGAAGCACUUAUAUACCCCUAUAUGCUCAUGUUUCAGCCCCGCUGGUUUGGAAGAAACAGAAAACAAGUGUUCUCUGUAGUCAUGACUUUUGCAUCUUGUCUUUACGUUGAUUUUUUAGCACAUCAUUUAUGUUUUUGCAUGUUCAUGUUUUUUGUAGUUAACAGCAUUCUCUUAUGUGUUCUUUAAAGAAAUUGUUUGGGGAAUACAUUUAUUCACUACCACUCUCAUAUCUUGUGUCUUUUACAUUUAGAGAGCCAAAGUCAUGACGUCACAUCCAGGCUAGCCUCUGUUCUACAAGCUCCUGUAACUCAGUGCAAUUUACAAGCGUGGCAGCGCGGGUACUUUCACCAAAUUCACCAGAACUCUCUUCUAAAGUUAUUGUUUCCAAACAGUUAUUAGUUGUAAUUUAACUGUAAUCUCUGUUGUCUAAAAACUUUUACAGCGUUCGCUCCUCUCUGUCCUGCUGUUAUUACAGACAUGUCUGAACUAACCGCGGCACCUCAACUCGCCCAUGGACUUGCCUCUUUUGUCGAGGCAUGACGUUGAACACGCAAAUGUCUAGAGCUUAUGGAAGAAGUUGUUCGUUAAAGGCCACUAAAAAACAGAAAUAUUAUCCUUAUCUAAACAUAUGAACAUACUGUUAAGAAAGGUUCUGUUCCAAGGCUGGAUAUUUCCCCUUGUUUUCAGUCUUUAAACUAAGCAAAGCUAACCGGCUUCUGGCUGUAGCUUUAUAUGUAAGGGACAGAUAUGAGAGUGGUAUCAAUCUUUCCGUUUAGGUUAAGUCGCAAAAAAACAUAUAAGCAUAUUUCCCAAAAUGUUGAAUUACUCCUUUAAGACAAAGUUUAUACUCAAAGCUAUGUGCAACAAAACAAGCAUUGAUCAUUUUGUGAGGACAUCUUAUUGAAAGCAUACAUGAGCUGUAGCUAUUUUAUUUUUUAAUAUUUUCUUGUCAUAUUACAUUUUAUGAUCUUUGACAAAGUUUACAAAUGCGUAAGAUGCUAAAUGGUCAGUUCUAGGGAAUCGAGACGUGUACAUAAAUACUCCUGUGAUCAUUAACUGUUCGUAUUAUAACUGGCAAAGCACGGCAUACAUAAUGUUUAUGUGUAUCGUAAAAGGAUAAUAAAAGAAAGAAUUUA